AUGGUUCUGCGACCGGCCAGUUCGAGUUGGAGCAUCGCUCCGGAGACAAUAAUGAGCCAUCAUUACAAGCUGACACGUGGAAUUAAGGGAAAAGUGGAUACCAGCCCUCCAUUCUCCAUGUAUAACAGUCCAAUAAGUGUACAUUACAUUCCAAAGAGAGCUUCGUCAGCUGAUGCGGCGAAAAGGCGACAACCGAAGGUAGCAAAACCUCCAGCACCACCUGCACAAUCGAAUUUCGCAUCAAAAAAUCAACGAAAGGACAAACAAAAAAGAAAAGAUAACUUUUGCUUUGAUUUGUUUAAAGAUGCUGUUUAUACUUAUGUGAUCGACCGUGAAGUCUUUACAGAUGGAGUGAUAGCUGAGGCAGUAGACAUCGAAAUGGAGAAGUGGAGUAAUCAAAUAUCAUGGGUAUGGUUUUAG